AUGUCUUCUCAGAAAGCUUGUUUCGUGUGCGGGAAAAUUGGCCACUUAGCCGAGGAAUGUGAGUCCGAAAGACUGUGUUACAACUGCAACCAGCCUGGCCACGUCCAGUCUGAGUGCAGCGUAGCGAAGACCGUGGAAUUCAAACAGUGUUACAACUGUGGUGAAACCGGCCAUGUCAAAUCUGAGUGUAGCACGCCAAGAUGCUACAACUGCAAUGCGACUGGCCAUAUUUCCAGAGAGUGCCCAGACCCCAAAAAGUCCAGAGGAACCGGUACUGGUCUUGGAGGAGCCGUUGGUGGUGCUGGUCUUGGAGCCGGCAGAGGUGGCUCAAAAGUGUCGUGCUACAGAUGCGGCGGUCCUAACCACAUGGCCAAGGACUGCUUGCAAUCUGAGGCCAAGUGCUACGCCUGUGGUAAGACUGGCCACAUUUCCAGGGACUGUGCCGGUGGCUCUACUGCCAAGACUUGCUACAACUGCAAUGAGGCUGGCCACAUCUCUAGAGACUGCCCCGUCGCCUAA